AGAGACCUGGAGCGAUCAGUGAGCUUCGCGGGCAUGCGACAACAUCCCUCCAUCCCAUCCGAGCUUCCGUCCUUAUCCUUCUCUACACCCCCCACCGUCCUUUCCCUUCUCCGUCCCGUGCUUGACGAGCCAUCUUCCACCGACCUUGGGCACCGACCGUCCGCAAGAUACCAUCGACGACCACCUGCCUAGUCGACGACCGUUCCUGACAUCGACUGUCCGCCUGCCUACUAGUGGCUCUGUCAGCCCGAACACCUCCUCGUGCCUGCUGUCCGCAUAAUGUUCUCCUGCAUUCGACGU